GAUGGUGUGUCAUCCCUAAUGUACUCCUGUGUUUUGUUGGCGCGUAAAUGCUAUUUGUGCAUUAGACCAAUUAUUAAAUAAACAUGGCUAAGCGCUUAAAUUGUCACUACGAGAACCUGAGCAGCUCGUACCUGCUGCAGCAAACCGACUAUCAAAAGCAGUUUUGCCAUCUGUAUGCACAUCGCUUGGCUGAAAUGACGCGCCUGCUGACGCCGUUGGCGCAGACGAAGUGGGGCAAACAGGUGCCAAUAAUGAAAUUGUGCGAGCUGCGCGGUGAGCAAAACGUCCAAUGCAUUAUAAUUGGCACAAUCUACAAGCAUCAGGCACACAAGCCCAGCAUUUUGCGUGACAUCUCUGAAGAGAAUCAACUGGCACCACAGCCACAGCGCCAAAACUACUCCGAGCCCGAGGACAAGAUUAUUUUGGAGGACGAACUGCAGCGUAUACGAUUGCAGGGUGAGCAGCUGGAAGCGCGCAAUCUGGCCACUGGCAUCGUUUGCGCCGUCAAAGGCGGCACCGACAAUGACGGCUACUUUAAUGUCGAAGAGGUGCUCUUUCUGGAGAGCGGGCCACAGAAGCCGCUGACUCCACGCACGCCGGGCACCAAACUGGUUGUCGUUUCCGGCUUGGAUCAGCUGCAGGCACACAACUAUGUUGAUGCAUUAAACAUGUUCCAGUACUGGCUAAGCGGUUGCUUUGCCGCGAAUAACCGCGAAGCUCAGGCCACGGUGCGGCUUAUUGUAGCCGGAAACUCCGUGCGCAGCACAGCUCUGGCACACGCGCCCACACUGCAGGUGGCACGGAAUCAGGCGAAUGCGAACGACACUGUGCAGGCGGUUAGCCAACUGGACAGUUGGUUUGUAUCGUGGGCACAUGCACUGACCGUCGACGUUAUGCCCGGUGCCUACGAUCCGGCUAAUUUUAUGCUGCCCCAGCAGCCCUUUCAUAAAUGCAUGUUUCCGCUGGCCUCGCAGCUAUCGUCCUUUCAAUCCGUAUCCAAUCCCUAUGUCUGUCGGCUGGACAGUGCGCUCGUGGUUGGCACUGCGGGCCAGAAUGUCGCCGACUUGCUGCGGAGCACAUCGCUAGACUCUUCGCUUCAAGCACUGCGCUGUACGCUCAACUGGGGCCAUGUGGCGCCCACGGCGCCGGACACGCUCGCCUGCUAUCCGUACAUAGGCAGCGAUCCCUUUAUAAUGAAGGAGUGCCCGCAUGUGUACUUUGCCGGCAACUGUGAGUCCUUCGAAACCGAACUCCAUGUCGGCACCGGCGGAAAGCGAACGCGUCUCGUCUGCGUGCCCAGCUUCUGCAGGACGCAGAGCGUGGCGCUCAUCGAUUUGGAGACCCUCGAUUGCCGCCAGAUUAAGUUUAGUGUGGAAUCCGAAUAAAUAUCCAUUUCCGUGUUAUGUAUAAAA